CACUGUCUGAGACUCAUUCAAGUGCAUCUUCUUCUUCUUACCUGUCUCAUAACAACUUUACAGACAUGGCUAAGCCCAGAGUUUACUUCGAUAUCACUAUUGAUGGCCAGCCGGCUGGCAGGAUUGUAAUGGAGCUGCGAGCUGACAUGGUCCCAAAGACUGUAGAAAAUUUCCGUGCUCUCUGCACUGGGGAGAAAGGCUUUGGCUACAAAGGCUCCUCUUUCCACAGAAUCAUUCCAAAAUUCAUGUGCCAGGGUGGAGACUUUACCAGGGGCAAUGGAACCGGGGGCAAAUCCAUCUAUGGGGAGAAGUUUGCUGAUGAGAACUUCACUCUGAAGCACACAGGUCCAGGCAUACUGUCCAUGGCUAACGCAGGACAGAACACCAACGGGUCCCAGUUCUUCAUCUGCACAGCUCAAACACCCUGGUUGGACGGGAAACACGUGGUGUUUGGAAAAGUUGUGGAGGGCAUGGAUGUUGUCAAAAAAAUGGAGGCUGUAGGUGCAGAAAGUGGCAAGACCAGCUGCAAAGUAGUCAUAGCUGACUGUGGUCAGCUGUAACAGAGCUGCCUCUCUCCUUAAUCAUAAAAAUCAGUGGUGUCAUUGGAAAACACUUAGCACUCUGCAAAAAUACGUCUACUGUGGUAAAUCUGUGUUAUAUUUUUUUUUUAUCUGUUCUAAGACCUCAUUUGUUAAAAAAUCAGAACAAAAUUAUUG